AUGCUAGGUCAGGGCUGGACCGGUGUGGUGCAGAGCAUGAAGGCUUUGGUGGCGGCUCGUCUGAGACUAGAGCACGCUUUCUACACCCUGACCAGUGAUCUGGACUCUGUGAGGAACGGUCAUAUCAAAAGAAUAACAGACAAUGAUAUCCAGUCUCUUGUGUUGGAGGUAGAGGGGAACAAUGUCAGUACCACCUAUAUAACCUGUCCUGCAGACCCCAAGAAGACUUUGGGCAUCAAGCUUCCAUUUCUGGUCAUGAUCAUCAAGAACCUUAAGAAGUAUUUCACCUUUGAAGUACAGGUUUUAGAUGAUAAAAAUGUUCGUCGUCGAUUUCGAGCAAGUAACUAUCAGAGCACAACACGGGUAAAGCCCUUCAUCUGCACAAUGCCCAUGAGGCUGGAUGACGGGUGGAACCAGAUUCAGUUCAACCUGUCAGACUUCACCAGGAGGGCCUAUGGAACGAACUACAUUGAGACGCUUCGUGUGCAGAUCCACGCCAACUGUCGCAUAAGGAGGGUGUACUUCUCAGAUAGACUGUACUCGGAGGAUGAGCUCCCAGCAGAGUUCAAACUCUAUCUGCCUGUCCAGAAUAAGGCCAAGCAGUAGAGCCUCCCACCCCACAGAUCCCUUAUUCCAGAUGUGACGUGAAGCUGUGUGACCUCUUUUUUCUUUUUGUUGAUGAGUAAUAAAACUUUGUAAAGUUGCUUUUGGUGUUAUUUUGGGACUAUCCAUUUUUUUCCCCAGCGCUAUUGCCGUCUGCACAAUAAAGAUUUUUAUG